AUGUCCGGUUCUUUCGAGACCAGGAAAGGUGCUCCUCUGUUCUCUAUUCCCGAUGUCCCCACUGUAGCUGUUGAACAUCCCUGCAUCGUCCAAAACGUUGACAAGGCCAUUCGUAUGCUCGGUGGUGACAGUGAGAUUGCGGGAACGCUUGGACCCGACAAUGUCAAGCCACUGGGCCUGAGGUUUCAGCCAGACGACCCUACCAGUCGUGAGGUGGUGUCUUACAACAAGAAAACCAACAAUCUCUUGCUCAGGGUGACUGUCCCAAAACGGACGGGAAAGAGGAGGAAGCGAGCCUUAAACGAAGAAUUCAGUGAGCAUGCUUCAGGAUUUUCGGCCAGAAAAGAUGUCAAAUACCUGCUUCGGUCGUUGAGUGACAAUUCUCAACAUCGCCAACUUGAAAUUGUCGGUCACAUACACUCAACACAUGUUUGGCGGACCGUACCCGACUUCGUCUACUCUUCCAAGGGCUCCAUGUUCCUCCAGGAAGUGCGUACGAAGAUCCUCCCUCGAGACUACCCACAACUCAAGCAGUGGUCAAUGCCUCGGGCUUUAGCUUCAGCCGCGACAGACACAGAAGCCAUUCCUCCUCCGGUGUUCUCCACUCAGAGUUUGCCACGCAGUUUUUCUUACCAUCAGGAUUCCUCGAGCAGGCCUGUUCCUAGAAAAAACACCUCACGCGAUACAGCGGCACAUGCAGAAGUGAUGCCAGACCAGCGUCGACUCGAAGAAGAGAGCCGACAUGCGAAUUCUCCUGCAGAACCCGGGGACCCGCUACAACCGUCAGACUCUUCGGCAAUACCCACAUGA